AUGGUGGUAAUGAUAUGUUGCUUUACAAAUGACGUUAUAGUCACUGGGGUCUUAACUGCAAGGUGGUCGCCUGACUUAAAAGAUGUUCGCUGCGACCUUGAUCUUGUGUUGAUUGCUAAUCAUGUGAGGAGAACAAAUGAGCUGAAAUCGGAUAUUACUAUUCCUCAUGAUGUCAUUAUGAAAUUCAAUCAAUUUUGGAACGAGUUUAAGGAUACCCCUUUGAAAGGGAGAAAUGCAAUAUUACAAGGUGUUUGUCCACAAAUUUUUGGACUCUUCACUGUAAAGCUUGCAGUUGCAUUAACACUUAUUGGAGGUGUGCAACAUGUUGAUGCUUCUGGAACCAAGGUACGAGGAGAGUCUCAUUUACUUUUGGUUGGAGACCCAGGUACCGGGAAAUCUCAGUUCUUGAAAUUUGCUGCAAAGUUAAGUAACAGAUCUGUUGUCACUACUGGCUUAGGAAGCACUAGUGCUGGACUCACUGUCACUGCAGUCAAGGAUGGAGGUUGGGGAUCGAAUUGGCAAGGAGCAUUGCAAAGGUACUUUGCAAGAGUUGUUAAACCCAGACAAAAAACAAGAUUUUAGUAAGAGAACAACAUCAAAUACAAAUUCAUUGGAGAUGGAUAAAAGUUGGAUCCAUCUUAACAG